AUGUAUCCCGAAGUCCCCCGAUGCCUUCGAUCAGUGAUCAUCUGGGACAUAUGUCACGACGAGAAGCCCGCACUCGUACUGGAACAGUGGUUCUGGGACGAUAUGACCGAUUACCCAGCGGCGCCUUUACUUGCCUUCGCUCCUUCCGGAAGUCAGCUCAUGCACUGCCGCCAGUACGACGAGCACGUCAACGUGUAUAGCCUAUCACGCACUAGCGAUCAAGCUCGAGGAUCAUCUCAUGAGCAGGGGGAAAUCAGCACUGGGCACUUCGGAAGCAUCCUCAAGGUCGCGUGGACUCCGGACAGUGCCCAGAUCGCCGUCCUGAUGGACUCCGGGGACGUCCAUCUCUGGGAUGCGGCAACUCUGUCACACACCCGUGCCCUUCACGCUCCCUCUCUUCCGCCGAAGAUCCCCGGCGCGGAGGGCCGGGCGAGUAGGCGUGAACGCGAUAUGGAAUCGCUCUCCAUCUCUCCGGACGGUCGCCAUGUCCUAUCCCACACUUCAUAUUUCCUGACGCCCUUCGACCAGUCCAAGUCCACCAACUUCCACGACCGCAUCGUCACGUGGGACUUGACCACAGGGGACUGCCAUCUUCACUACGACUCCCUCGGUCUCUACGUCGCUCACGACGGCGAUCUCGUCAUCAGUUGCGCCGUCUUGCGCCGCGGCGUCCGGAGUGGCGAGACCGACAUUCUCGCAUGCACGGCCGACGAGUACCUCUGGCUCGAGCCCCUCCCCAGCGCGAACGAGCAGCCAACCGCUGCACGGCGAAUCCUUGCCGACUUCGGUGAAACGGUCGCCCUUUCCUCCGAUGGAGCUCGCGCGCUCUGCCAUGCGUACGAAUGCAAAGACUCUUUCUAUUCCACCUCGCACACCUACUCCAUCGUGGACACCACAACCGGGGUGCGAGUAUACGAUCCCCUUCGUACCCGGAUUCCGCUCCGUAUCUUCGUCGGUGACGCCUUCUCGCGCUCACAGGGCAUCGUUGUCUCAGUCGGUGGCAAGCGCGCGUCCGACGUUUGGUGGUUUUGGAGGUUCCAGGACGGCCGCCUGUACCGCAUCCCGGCGCUUGAAGACAUGUCUGGAUACUCGGUGACGUUCACGGACGAUGGCACGAGGCUCAUGAUUCAUGACGAUAAAGAAGGGGAUGUCCGGUUUUACUUCGUCCGCGAUCUGGUUGUGGAGGAAGCAGAGGGUUGGAUCUGA